AUGCGUCCUAUUCUCGGUCUCCGUUUCUCUGCUGGCGGCGGGGCCGGCAGCGCUACGGUUCGGGUUCAGGGUCGGCGGGAGAUGGAGAUGAAGAUGAUGUCGAGGUUGUUAUGGUCGCCACAGACACGGCUACAGCCACGACCACGACCACAGGCACCUGGCAGCCCUAAGGGGUGUGUGCCUCACUCUCCAUCUCAAUCACGGCGCUUAUCCGCCAUCGCGAACCCUAACCCUCACCCCCAGCCUCGCCCCAAAGCGAGACCGAACCAGAUCCAGAUCCAGAUCCAAAAAGCACAGCAGAAAGUCCAAUUACAUUCCCAUUCCCAUUCCCAUAGUCCGCAAGCAGAGCAGAAAAUCCAAUCAACCCAAGCGACCCAGGAUAAAAGAUCAGCCCAGCAGAACCGCCACCACAUCGACCGCCAGUCCGACGAGGUAUCCAAAUCCGGCACCGACGACGCCGUGGCCGCGCAGACGUCGGUGGCCUUUGACUCCGACCACACGAGCGAUUCCAACUCCAACUCCCACUCUCACUCUGACAUCGACCAAGCGCGCACGCUCUCCGGUCACCAGAACGCCUGGUCGAAUCCCCUAGAUGCCAGUCCUGCCAACAGGAGCCUCAGCAGGGGUACGGACGAGGUGGAGAGUGGUGGUGGUGGAGGAGGAGGAGGAGGGGGAGGAGGAGGUGGCAGUGGUGGCGGCGGUGACACUAACAAUAAGGACACGACCGUUUCUCGAAGCAAGUCGACAUCGAAACAUGGGGUAGCCGGAGCUGAGAAGAAGGCGUUUGCUGGCUCGGCUGGGCCGGCGAAGGAACCGGAGAGGCCGGCUUUGGUCAGGCCGGGAGCGAGGUGA